AUGCCAGCCAACAGUCUUACAAAAGCGCUCCCCAGAGAGGCUCACAAGCGCUUUGUCUCACACCUGAACCUGUUUAGCAUUAAUCACAUAGAAAAAGAGUAUGUUAAGAGAGAGGCAGAAGAUUGUGGUAUUGCUGGGGAGGACAACCCCCUCCCUAAAUAG